AUGUCUGUUUGGAAGGAGGCUAAAGAUGCAAAUGGAAGGGUAUAUUAUUACAACACUUUGACGAAGAAAUCCACAUGGGAGAAGCCAAAGGAACUUAUAUCUCAGGAAGAACUGAUUCUUCGAGAAAACGGUUGGAGGGCGGCCAAGACGGCAGAAGGCAAAGUAUACUAUUAUAAUCCCACCACAAGAGAAACUAGCUGGACUCUCCCGGCCUUCGAGAAGAAAGUAGAACCCAUCAAAGAAGAACAAAAUGAUGCAAUACCAUCUGCACAAGCUGAUGGUAAUAAAAUAGGACUUACAGAUGAGAGAAAAAAAGAGCUAAGCCAAAGUAUUAGAGAAGAGGGAAGCCAAUAUGCCAAUAACUCUAAACUGCUCAAUGUCAGGAGAAGGACUAAAGAAGAGGCAGAAAAGGAAUUUAUCACGAUGCUGAAGGACAACCAAGUAGACUCUACUUGGUCAUUCAGUAGAAUUAUUUCAGAACUAGGAACCAAAGAUCCGAGGUAUUGGAUGGUCGACGAUGAUCCCUUAUGGAAAAAAGAAAUGUUUGAAAAAUAUCUUUCCAAUAGAUCGGCUGAUCAACUUCUAAAAGAACAUAAUGAAAUAAGUAAAUUCAAAGAGGCUUUUCAAAAAAUGCUAGAAAACAAUUCUUAUAUAAAAUAUUACACCCGUUGGUCUACCGCGAAGAGACUAAUUGCUGAUGAACCAAUAUACAAACACUCUGUGGUCAAUGAAACAACAAAGAGGCAGACCUUCCAAGAUUAUAUAGACACUCUCGUCGAUGCCCAGAAAGAGUCCAAAAAAAAAUUGAAGACGCAGGCCCUAAAAGAAUUAAGAGAAUAUUUAAGCGGUAUUCUAACAACUUCAUCUCCCGAAACUUUCAUAACAUGGCAGCAGCUUGUCAAUCACUAUGUUUUUGAUAAGAGUAAGAGAUAUAUGGCGAAUCGGCAUUUCAAAGUUUUAACCCACGAAGAUGUUUUGAACGAGUACCUGAAGAUAGUAAAUACAAUUGAAAAUGAUCUUGAAAACAAACUAAAUGAGCUUCGGCUGCGCAAUUAUACAAGAGACCGUAUUGCUAGAGAUAAUUUCAAGAGCUUAUUAAAAGAAAUGCCAAUUAAAAUCAAAGCAAAUACUAAAUGGUCCGACAUUUAUCCUUACAUCAGGUCAGAUCCGCGCUUUUUGCAUAUGCUUGGAAGGAACGGUUCGUCCUGUCUUGAUUUAUUUUUAGAUUUUGUUGAUGAACAAAGGAUGUACAUCUUUGCGCAGAGAUCAAUAGCCCAACAGACAUUGAUAGAUCAAAAAUUUGAAUGGAAUAAUGCUGAUGGCGACGAAAUCACCAAGAAAAACAUAGAAAAAGUUCUGGCAAAUGACCAAAAGUUCGACAAGGUGGAUAAAGAAGACAUCAGUUUGAUUACUGAUGGUUUAAUAAAGCAAAGAAACGAAAAAAUACAGCAGAAAUUCGAAAAUGAGCGCAGAAUAUUGGAGCAAAAGAAACAUUAUUUUUGGUUACUUUUGCAAAGGACAUAUACAAAAGCUGGUAAGCCCAGGCCCAGUACGUGGGAUUUGGCUUCCAAAGAACUAGGUGAAUCCCUUGAGUACAAGGCACUAGGCGAUGACGAUAAUACAAGAAGGCAAAUUUUCGAGGAUUUCAAGCCCGAAAGCCCUGCACCGACUGCAGAAAGCACCACCGCAAGCCUAACAUUAACCGCGUCAAAAAAGAGACAUUUAAGCCCGGCUGUCGAAUUAGACUAUUGA